AUGGCCAAGGAGGACAAAUUUCAAUACCUCACCCAAGCCAUGAUCGAAGGUUCAAGAGCGAGUGAAGUUGUCAACAGCUAUCCCCCAACCGGAGAAAAUUACGACAAAGUUAUUGAAAGCCUAAAAAGUCGUUUUGGCCGCAACGAUCUGCUCGUUGAGGUAUACGUGAGGGAGCUGCUGAAAUUAGUAUUGAAUCGAGCAAAGGGAGAACCUAUCAGCAUUUAUGACAAGUUAGAGACGCAUCUGCGGGCGCUCGAAUCGUUAGGCGUCACGACAGCUAUGUGCGCCGCCAUGUUGUUCCCGCUUGUUGAGUCCUCACUGCCGGAAGAAAUAUUGCGCACAUGGCAGAGGCAAAAUAAAAGCGCAUCAGACGCUAGCGCUCGACUGAAAAAUCUCAUGACCUUCUUAGAAAACGAGGUACAAAACGAAGAAAGAAUUUCGAUGGCUAAGUCCGGUUUCGACCUCGAUACGCCGCAAGAAUCGAUAACAGCGGUCGGUAAGGCAGCUCAGAAGAAGAAAUCUAGUGCGAGUAAUAACACGGGCGUCGCCACUGCAGCCGGGCUUCUUACAGCAAACGACGCGCCUCGAAAGGCAUGCAUUUUCUGUCAAGAGAACCACGAAAGCGCGACUUGUCAAAAGGCAAAGCAAAUGUCGCUUAGUGCGAGACAAGCUAUAGCGAAAGAGAAGAGAGCUUGCUUUUAUUGUCUCAGGCAAAACCAUAGUUGCCAGAAGUGCAAAUCAAGGGAAAAAUGCUCAUGGUGCGGUCGUCGGCACGUGCUGCUGAUGUGUAGAGAUGUUGCGAAAACGGAGUCAGCUAUUGAGAAAACAGAUAACUCAAGUAAGAAGGUCGAAAACCUCACCGUUUCUAACUGCAAUAACGCCUCUUUCGACACAGAUGUAUACUUGCAAACACUCCGAGUAAAAUUGAAAGGCCCGCAUGGUGAGAAAGUGGUUCGCGCUCUGAUCGACCCGGGAUCGCACAAAACAUACGUGCUUAAAAGCGUUGCCGAAAAGAUGAAGUUGGAGGUCGUCGGUCAGAAAAGCAUGGUUCAUCUUUUAUUCGGCGGAAAAAGAACAGAACCCCAAAUUCAUAGAGAAUAUCGCUUCAUUCUCGGUAGUAUGGAUGGGAAGUACGAAUGCAAUAUCAGAGCAUUCGAUGAAAACGAAAUUUGUCAGACGCUACCGACAGUCUCACCAGGUAGCUGGCUCAAGAAACUAGAAGAGACAGGCAUUGUCCUUAGCGACACAGGCGAUGACAGCGAGUCGUUUGUUAUACUUAUUGGAGCUGAUAUUGCUGGGUUAUUAUACACGGGUAAUCUACGUCAAGUCAUCGGUGGACCUACAGCGAUCGAAACGAAACUUGGAUGGACGCUGCUAGGACGAAACGGCAACAAGACACCUGAGAAAGAAGACGCCGUUUUAACCGUUCUUACCAUGUUUAAUCGAGAUGCAAAAAUUUCUGAUUUGUGGUCGCUUGACGUUUUAGGUAUCACCGACCCUGUGGAGACCAUCUCAAAGGAGGCUCACCUGGCCCUGGUGAGGGAACGCUUCGAGCAGACGAUCCACGUGAACGAGGAAGGACGAUAUGAAGUCUGCCUGCCAUGGAAAGAGAAUCAUCCUUCCCUUGUUGGCAAUCGUCCAUACGCUGAAAGGAGGCUACAAAAAGUAUUGAAACAACUCGAGAUGGAAAAGCUACACGAUGUUUAUCAGGAGGUGUUCGAGGAUUGGCUAGCUAAAGGCAUAAUCGAAGAGGUUCCAAGUAACGAAACUAAAGAUGAUGACUAUUUUCUACCUCACAGACCUAUCAUCAAAUCGAGUAGUACGACGCCUGUGAGGCCAGUAUUCGAUCCUUCAACCGAGGAAAAGGUUAAGGAAGCUCCAAAGAAGAAGGGUCCAUCACUCAACCAGUGUCUGGAAACUGGGCCUAAUCUAAUAGAGCUGGUGGUCGAUAUUUUAUUAAGAUUUAGAGAGAAUGCUAUUGGGGUUACGGCAGAUAUAGCUAAAGCUUUCUUACAAAUAAGUGUAGCUCCUGCUGAUCGCAAUUUUCUGAAAUUUUUAUGGAUGCGCAAGACCGAUCCCAACAGACUUAUUGUUUAUCGACAUCGGCGAGUAGUUUUCGGCCUUAAUAGCAGUCCAUUUCUGCUUGCAGCCACCAUCGAUCACCACCUGGAGAAAGUUUUGAGUUUUGCUGUAUCCGAAGAAGAACGUGAUCUCAUAAAGCAGUUAAGAAGGUCUUUCUAUGUCGACAACUGCGUAGCCAGUGUCGCAACAGAGGAAGAAAUAAGACGCUUUCAAGAAAGAUCGAUCGAGAUAAUGCGAGAAGCUGGUUUUGAAUUGCGGGGCUGGGAAUCCACGAGUAAUUUUGACGAAAAAAGGCUGAGCUCCGUUUUGGGUAUUACCUGGGAUAAAGAAAGGGACCUCCUCUCACUGUGUUCGAAUUUUUCAGAUAAACUAGAAAAUCCAAUAACCAAGAGAAAAAUCUUAUCGGCUGCUCACAAGAUUUUCGAUCCGCUGGGCUGGGCUUGUCCAGCCGUUUUACUACCAAAAUUGAUGUUACAACAACUCUGGAAUGAGAAAAUUGGUUGGGACUCGCCUGUUCCAGUUGAUGUGGCCAGAGAGUUUACCCAUUGGUUCGAGCAAACUCCAUUACUCCAAAAUCUGAAAGUGCCUCGUUGGAUCUUUGGUACCAAAGAAGAUGAGAUCUCAUUGCACAUGUUCGUCGACGCUAGCGAGUACGCGUAUGCGGCCGCAUUAUUCGUUAGGGUAGAAACCUCUCAAGAAGUUCGGAUCCACUUGGUACAAGCAAAAGCGAGAGUAGGACCUGCGGAGGAAAUUUCAAUCCCACGGAUGGAGCUCUUGGCAGCAACCCUGGGAGCUCGGUUAAUGAAUUCAUUUCUUAAAGCUAUGAACCUGACACACGUAAGCAAGACUUUUUGGACGGAUUCUUCAACCGUAUUAUCUUGGCUUCGCCGUGGGCAACAGUGGUCUCGAUUCGUCUGGAAUAGGAUUGAAGAGAUAAAAAGUCUCACUGAUGUACAUGAUUGGAGGCACGUCCCUGGCGUGCUGAACCCAGCGGAUCUUCCGUCACGCGGAAGCAACAUUGCCCAGCUCAUUGCAUCGAAAUGGUGGGAGGGACCACCGUGGCUCAGUCAGAAUAAAACAGAAUGGCCCCAAGAAAAAUUUGAUAUCAACGAGAAUCUCGUAAAUUCGGAAAUCAGUAAGUGCAGUCUCAAGUCGCUAAUGAAAAGCUCCCCGAACGCAACAUGUUCCACGAUAGCUGCUUGCACGAACGUGACUCCUGAAGAAGCGGUUCCAUGGUACCUAGUUAGAUUCUCAAAUUACAACAAAAUUGUAACGAUGGUCGCUUGGGUCAUACGUUUUACACGAAAUAUUCGAAUGGAGAAAGAUGAACGCAACCUCCAACAACAGAUCAGUGUGGCAGAGUUUGACUUAGCUGAGAAGUCCAUUAUGAAGAUUGCGCAAAAGGAAUCGUUUAACGGACUAAGUGAUCCACGUUUGAAGGAGUUGAACGUUUUUUUUGAUGAACUAGGAUUAAUUCGUACAAAAACAGUGAUUUCUAAUAGAAUUGAUGACUUUGGUUUCAGAUAUCCUGUAGUCAUGGAUCAUAAACACGAAUUUACCAAACGUUUAAUUCGACAUAUGCAUGUAACGUUAAAUCACGCCGGCAUCAAUACUACGAUGGGGAGUUUGAGAGAGAAAGUUUGGAUACUUUCCAGUCGGCGAGCAGUACGUUCCAUAAUAAACGGAUGCGUGACCUGCCGAAGAUAUACAGCAAAAACCCUAGAGACUCCGGCAGCCAGCUUACCUCUAAAUCGAGUCAGAGAAGCUCAAGUUUUCGAAGUCGUUGGCAUCGACUACGCUGGUCCGUUGUUCCUCAAGGGUGGACGGAAAGCUUGGGUCUGUAUAUACACUUGUGCUGUAUACCGUGCGGUACAUUUUGAAUUGGUGACCACGUUGUCGACUAACGGGUUCCUGAACACGUUAAGAAGAUUUAUCGCGCGUCGAGGAAGACCAACUACCAUAUAUAGCGACAACGGAACCAAUUUCGUUGGAGCGAACCGUAUGUUGAAAGCAGUGAACUGGGAGAGUAUCGCCUCGUACUGCACCACUAAGAGAAUCGAGUGGCGAUUCAACCCUCCUUCUGCAGCAUGGUGGGGCGGAUGGUGGGAGAGAAUCGUACGCAUUCUCAAAGACCUUUUGAAAAGAAGCCUCGGUAAAGCAUCGUUGGACUACGAGGAGUUAAACACUGUACUACACGAUUGCGAGUCGGUAGUAAAUGCUCGACCCAUAGCUUGUAUGUCAGAUGACAAAGAAGGUUUGAUGGCACUCACGCCGGAGAUGUUUUUGAAGGAGAUCCAUGAACAUGGUGUUCCAGACAUAGACUUUAUCGAGGGAAAGCUGCUCAAUAGGCGACUAAAAUACCUACAGCGUCUACGUCAAGAGUUAAGAGUACGUUUUCGUUCAGAAUAUUUGGGUCAACUUAAAAGACGAGCUCAAUCUAACCGACUUUUUACCAACAUCAAGAGUGGUGAUAUCGUACUGAUAGCCAGCGAUAAUCAGAAGCGUUUAGAUUGGCCACUAGCUCGUGUGAUCGAGCUCAUACCUGGCAACGACGGUGUUACGCGCAUAGCUCGACUGAAGACAGCGACUGGAGAACCUGUGCGCCCUUUACAGCGGUUAGUCGUAUUGGAGAGCAACACCAAUGCCUUGGAGACAAACGUAAGCCGGGACGCGCCGUCUGUACCCGAGGUCGCAGAGGAACAAAUUCCCCCUUCAACUCCAACCGAAGAUAACUAG